UCAAGGGAUUCAUUCAAAUCAUUCCAACGAAUCCAAUGGCAGAGUUGUCUAUAAUGGACGCCGAUUUGGAUGAAUAUGUUUCCAGACAUUCACUCGACGGCACUCUACUCUUUGCUGAUCACAGGAUCUCUGGAAUUAUUGGUUAUUUGCCAUCAGAAGUGAUGGGAAAGUCAGCCUAUGAUUAUAUAUUACCGGACGACCACUCGAUAGCACUUUUUGCUCAUAAAUUAAUGUUGUCCAAUAGCAACGGCACGGGAACUAUUGUCCAUCGAUUGCGGACAGCGAGCGGUUCGUUCGCGUUUCUGCAGUCAUCGGGUUGUCUUCAAUACGACAAAAACGGACAAAUAGAUCACUGGAUUUGUGUGAGUCGUCUUCUCGUAGAGAAUGAAGGGGACAAAGAAAGGGACAAAUUUGUCAAACGAUUCACACCUCAUAUUUAUAACGUCUCUCCGACGGCUCUCUACGAGUCGUUGCAGAUAGUGGUCGGUCCGCGCACUACAGCCUCCGUUUUGGGCGCAGAACCUCAGAAAGCAGAGUCAAACGCAGCGACUGUACAGGAAAUGGAGUCAAUGGACACACGACCGCCGCUUCCACAGCAACAGUCGGUUCAAUUAACUGAAAUGACCACCGAUUGUGGGACCACUUUCCUCUCGACCACAUCGACCGCCACUCGACUAACCACAGCACCUAUAACUGCGUCCGUGAAUACCGUACUUUCGCCACAAUUACCGACUCCUUUCAACACAAAUAUUACUCAAUUUAAUGGUUUGAUGGCAAACAUCAAUACCGGUGCUAACGUGCAAUCCUUUCAAACAAUACAAACAUCACCUGUUGUUCAGUUCCAAACACUACCCAUCGCUUCAAUAAAUUCAACACAAAUACUAACGCAACAAACGGCUAAUAAUGGCAAUGGAUUUGAUAACAACAAUGGCCUGACCUUCAAUAGAAGCAACAGUUUCUCCAAUAAUGUAGUGAAUUUCAUAGCCCCGACUCCCGUCUCCCUCUCGGCAUACGUGGGGACUAAUAUUGUAAAUACAAGUGUUUGUGAUAACAAUUCAAAAGUGAGUUAUUCAAGUGCUAAUAGCAUUCCCAGUUCGGUCGGGAAUGUCAACAUUACCUCAAAUAAGCCGACCAACGAUUUGACACACCUUUUGGGCGCUACUGUCCUCACGUUCGAUAGCCAACAAAGACCUGUCUUAUCAAUAUAUAGCCCACAAAUGGCUACCAUUCAGACCACUAGUGUUAACAAUUCAAUCAAUUUUAUCAAUUCCGGUGCCAAACCGCCCAACGGUUCCUAUGCCGGAGAAAGUUCUGUAACCAUUAGUCCCACACUGGAUACCAGCUUUUAUUCACCCAAUACUGACAACCAGUGCGAAGACUCGCCCAUUGGCUCACAGACUGAACGCCUGACACUAAAUGGACUCAAUUAUGAAGAGCUCUCUAAUCAUUCGACAAAUUCAUUGUUGAGUUUCUCAUUUCCCAGCAAUGAAUCCCAAUGUGAUUUCGGUUUAAUAGAAGAUCAAUCAUUUGAUGACAAUAUAACAGACGAUCCCUUCCUAUCGAGCGUCGGUUCCAAUGGACGGAAGAGAAGCGAAUUUGUAUCGCGAGAUGCGCUCCGAUUGGGUCCGUCAGUUGAAACGGAAGCUUCAAUUGUUAACCAUAAGAAUCCAAACCCAAGUCAUUCAAUUGUCUUCGCUUCAAAAGCGGACGCAAAUUGAGUACAAAUAUCUGUUUGAAAAUCCGCAGAAUAUUUCACACAAAAUAAUUUCACUGAAGAAAAGUUUGUACAAUCAAUACCGAGAACUCGAGUAUUUGGGAGCAGCUCUUAGAUUGAAUUCAUCGUCAUUUUCAUCUAAAUAUACCAUAAAUUCGUUAUCAAUUCAAUCAAAUGUUGACAUAAUUCACUCGAAUCGAUGCCUAAACGACAUUGAAAUCAGCGAUGAAACAAAUUAUCCACAAUUGGAUCAGUCAUUAUUGGCGACUCUCUCGACACCUCCGGCGACCCCUCAAUCGAAAGGCUCGUCUUCUAGUCUAGCACUUCAUGAUAACGACUGUCUGAUAGGCUUUC